AUGUCCCUCGAUAAUGUCAAGCACAUCGUGCUCGUCCUCUCUGGCAAAGGCGGCGUCGGCAAAUCCUCCAUAACGACCCAACUUGCCCUCUCUCUCUCCCUCGCCGGCCACUCCGUUGGCAUCCUAGACAUCGACCUGACAGGCCCCUCUAUACCUCGCCUGCUGGGUCUCGAAAGUGCAAAGAUAACCCAGGCACCAGGUGGCUGGCUGCCGUGCGAAGUUCACUCCUCGCAAACUCUUCCUCCCAUACCCACUCCUAUCCUGUCGCAAGUCCAGAACGGAGCCUCGGGUUCUGCGCCCUCGACGAAUGAGGCCGAAUCGAAUGGCCAUGGCCCACCACCACCACCACCACCAAAACGCAGGCGUGCAAACAGAGGAGAGCAAUAA